GUUUUGGAGGGACCUCGGUGAUAAGUCAACCAUCUCCAGGCCUUUCCCAGUCCUUCCCCUGGAGCUACGAGAUGUUGGAGCCUGGUCUAGCCUGUCCAGAUACGACUGGGGACCUGGUCCUGGAAUCCAUUAGGACUGAGGCUAACAAGAUCCUGGUUGCUUUCUUGGAUCAGCAGCUCCAGCAUGAAGGACUAGACCUAAGCUGGGGAGAGAAGAUCCUGCCUCUUGCCAAGAAGAUAUGCUCAAUGGUCAAACCCAAUGUUGCUGAGGGUGAUGUGAUGGAUAUCAGAUACUAUGUCCACAUCAAGAGGGUCCCAGGAGGCAGUAGAUCUGAAUGCUGUUUGGUCAAGGGUGUCAUCUCAACCAAGAAUGUGGCACAUAAGAAGAUGUCACAGAAGCAAAGUAAUCCCCGGAUUCUUCUAUUGCAAGCAGCCAUUGAGCAUCAGAGAGUACAGAAUAAGUUAGCUUCCCUGGAACCUCUUGUUCUACAGGAACAUGAAUACCUCAAGAACUGUGUCUCUAAGAUCGUUGCUCUCCGUCCGACUGUCUUGGUUGUAGAGAAGUCUGUUGCGAGACUCGCUCAAGACUUCUUAUUGGCUUGUGGAAUCAGCCUUGUACUCAAUGUGAAACCUCGUGUGGUGGGUAGGAUAACCCGGCAGACUGAAGGGAGCAGUAUAUCUUCCAUUGAUCAGGUUUCUGCAGCUAAACUAGGCACCUGUCAGAACUUCUAUCUUCAGAGGUACACCCUACCAGGAGGUUUCACAAAGACUUUGAUGUUCUUUGAUGGCUGUCCUGGUCAUCUAGGAUGCUCGGUUUUAUUACGUGGAGGAGGCAUUGCAGAACUCUCUAAGGUGAAGAGAGUGCUGAACCUGAUGGUAUAUGCCGUCUAUCAUUCUCGUCUCGAGACCUCGUACCUCAAGGACGAGUUUGCCAAGCCUCCUCUGACCCCAUCCCCCGCAGGAAGCCCACCAAACUCACCACCAUCACCCAUGGGACAGACACCUGGACGACAAGCUAUGAAGGACACAGGAACCUUCCAUGAAGUCAUCAAAGCUGUCAGGAUUGAACAGGCUUUGAUCAGGAAACCUACAGGAGUGGACAACCCUGCAGGAGAGAGAGAGAAUUGCAUUCCUGUCCUUGCAACCCCUCCAUCCAGUCGGAGAGGAUUCAAAGCCACAGUGCAGAAGCUUCUGAUGGGGAAGGGGAGCGACGGAAGUGAUCAGAGUGGGAGUAGCAGUGCCGCCGGGAGCAGGAGAAGCAGCGAUGGCACGGUGGGUAAUGAUCGGACAGGAGCUCCAGGAGUAGCAGCUAAAGAAAGUAGCAAAGAGAUGCCAGGUGGGGCUGCCAAGCUUCCCAAUGCAAGCACCUAUCCCAGCUUUGAUACAGCAAUAGAAUCUGAAAGCCUGACAGUCGAUGCAGAAGGUACUGGAACACCCAAAAAACAUGAUGACGCUACCGUGGAAGGUAUAUCACAAAUAGGUGCCGACUCAAGUUCUAGCCUCAGUGCAUCAGAAAAUGGGCUUCUCCAAGAAUAUGUCCUUGUUGACGAAAGUAAAAAUGAUCGCGAUGUCAUUUCUCAAAGUGGCUCGAUGGUUGAGAAAGGUGGUGAGAUUAAAGUGAAAGACUAUCAGGUCAAGAAGAUCAGCGGCAAAGAGGAAGAAGAGAACGUCUUCAGCUUUGAUGUGAAUAGCAAUGAUAGUGAAGCUGAGGAAGCUAUGGAAUCACUGGACUCAAUAGACCCGUUAAAAUCAUCCAGUGAAGACAGUCCAUCAGAGAAGGAGGACAGAGAAAGGUUUUCCAGGGCUUUCAACAACACUAUUCUGACAAUCUCACCAUUUCUGGCAUUUCCUGCACCUUACUUUGAAACCGAAGAAGGGAGGCAGUCCCCAAACCGACACUUCUUCCCACAGAAUGUCUUCUGGUCUCCUAAGCUCCAAGACAACCCAGGAGAUAUCUCUCAGGCAGUGGAGGCACACUUGGAAGAUGACGAUCCUAAAGACGAUGUGGUUUACUGGUCGACAGAUCGUUGCACCCACAAGAUCAGCUCCAUGAGCAUAGCACAUCCCCACCCAUUUACUUUCCUGCAGCUGACUGAAGACUUCUGGUCAGAAUCCACCAGGACUCUUCUCGCUGACUUCCGUGCACGUGGAGGGCGCUACAUCCCAAAGGACCAAGGUUCUUCCCACAUCCUUUCUCAGAAAUCCCUCAUGAUUCCUCACGAACACAAACCAAAGCAACAACAGAACGCAAACCAGCAAUACCUGCUAGCCAGGAAAGGCAACAAUGACACCCAAGAACAUCAGUCUAGACACCCUGUCUAUGACUGUCUUGACCCCUACCAUCAUCAGAAGAUUCUUCUUCAGUUCAGCAGCUACUCACAUCACUCGGGAAACAUGCCAGGUCACUGUAUCCACCCUUGGAUGGUUACCAUGGAAUUCUAUGGCUAUAACGAUAUCACCUUAGGCAUGUUCCUUGAUAGAUAUUGCUUUAGUGCCAACUACCUGUGUCCUAGCGAGACCUGUGACACCCUGAUGGCUAAUCAUGUCAGGAGGUUCGUUCACGGUAAUGCAUCAAUCCAAGUCCUUCAGAGACAGCUAGAUAGUCCUGUUCCAGGGUACAAGAACAAGGUCCUCAUGUGGAGCUGGUGUCGAAGAUGUAAACAGGUAACGCCUGUUCAGCCCAUGUCUCGGGACACCUGGCACAUGUCAUUUGCGAAGUACCUCGAGAUACACUUCUAUGGGAAGGAUUAUGGUCGCCAUGGUAGCUCGUCUCCAUGCUGCCACUCUCUACAUCAUCAUCACUAUCAAUACUUUGGACAGCACAACAUGGUUGCAUCGUUCAAAUUCAGUCCCAUAAUUUUAAGAGAGAUAGCUUUCCCGCCUCUUCCGAUCAUGAUAGACCAGCCGUUCAGAGCUCAUAAAAGCUACUUGGAGGAGAGCAAAAGUCUUGUCAUCAGAGGGAAUCAGGUGUUCCGUGGUAUUUUUGGUAACAUAUCAAGUCUAACGGUUGGCAAACCAAGUCAACUUCUUGAGCAGAAAGAGCAAGAGUUCACCAGUCAAUAUGAAAUGGAUUGCAAUCGCUUCAAGCAGAACAUGGAUGAAGUGGAAGCAAAAGUGAUGUAUGUGGAAAAGUGGAAAGCCAGCCCUGACAAGAAAAAAGAUAGCAGUGGGAACGACUGGAGCGAUUUCUGUCUCGAGGACCAGUUACUUGACAUUGAAGACUCCAUCGUCAUUGCUAAGAGAUGCUUGGCGGAAAUCAACUUUGCCUGGAAUACAAGAUUCCAUGAUUUUCUCCAGCAGGAAAAGGAGUUGGAGAAAACAAGGAAGAGCUUAGGCCGCAAGGUAUCCGGUGAUGUAGAUACCCCAACGCCAACAAAACUGGAGUCUAAAACUGCUUUUCCUUUUGGACUAACACCCCCACUAACACCCAUGCUUACAAUGGAACAGUCCAGUCCUGUGUUCAUCAGCCCACCUCAGCUGACCCCUUCCAUUACCAAGACAGGGGGGUUAGCCAUCAAACACUUGGAAACACUCCACGAAAGAAAGAGGGAGGAGCUACAGGGUCGCCAGAGAGAUGAUAGUGAUGUCUCAAUGCUCGGUGACAUUUCUUUGACCUCCGAUAAGGCGGCCAGGUAUUUUGAUUAUGGUAUCUCACCGGGCCUGGUUGCUGGCCUGGAAUAUAAGCCAAGUAACCAUAUGGAUUCUCCACCACAACAUGCUAAUGAUAACCUCGAGCCAUCGGUCCGAGGAUCUGUGAACUUCAGCCAAGGAUCCCCACAGACAGGACCUAGACUUGGUCCAGUUCCAGGACCAGCGCCUUCAGUAGCCCCCAACAACAAAAGAGACGUCGAGAAGAGUUGCGAGACCGUUUAUUCAAGCAGCCAGCAGGCUGCCAAGAGCUUCGUCGUUCAGGAUGAUAGCUCUCGACUGAAGGAAGAGAUGAAAGACGAGGGGAAGGACAGAGAGAAGGAUACAGGGAUGGAGGAUAGUGAGAAGGGCAUCCCCUGUUCUACUGCUGCAGCUGAGGAGCCAGUGACCUCUGUGGCAUCGUCCUUCACCCAAUCCUUAGAUGUGGUUGAUGGUAGGAGUCCGGCUAAGACCAAGCCAGGAGCUGUCAAAGGUUUUCUCAAUCAGUUCUUGCAACCCACUGGAUCCACCCAGAUAGAAACACCUUUCCCAGCCGAUGAGCAUCAUACUCUCCCACCGUGCAGUGUCAUACCAAUCAUAGUCUAUGACAAGGAGCCUAGUUCCAUCAUUGCCUAUGCACUCAGCUCAGAACAAUACAAGACCAAGCUAUACGAGGUACAGCAGUCCCGCUGCGGCUCUGGACGAUUGUCCCCAGGAGGAACAUCGUUAGGGUCAGCCCAGGGGAACAGUAACCCCGAGUCAGGACAGAGCAGUCCUCAUACCAGAAGAAAGGCUGCAGGGGAUGGAAGGAUGGGAGGAGGACCUGAGACCAAAGAUCUGUCACGUAAGAUUGGACAGUUAAAACGUCGCAUCAGUCAAGGGGUGAUGAUGUUCCAACGGACGAAGACACUGAAUGUGGGCGGGGCAAACCAGGGUGCCUCUAAAGAUGGCGGACCCUCUAUCACCAUAGACGCUGAAGACAAUGACUCACAAGAGAGGCUAAACCCAGAUGACAGGCUGGAUGAUCUACCCUUGCCUCAUAUAGAACUACAAUUCUCUGAUGAGACAAGUACACAGUUCUUCUGUGGUGUUUAUUUUGCUGCUCAAUUCCAGGAGCUACGGAAGAUCAUCUUCCCGGUCGGUGAGGACGUCUUCAUCCGGUCUUUGUCUCGUUGCAUGCAGUGGGUGGCUAGAGGGGGCAAAUCAGGGUCAAAGUUCAUGAAGACCAUGGAUGAUCGGUUGAUUCUAAAACAAAUGUCCAAGUCUGAAGCCCAUUCAUUCCUCAAUUUUGCACCACAUUACUUCCAAUACAUCCAGAAAGCUCAUGAAAAUAAUAAACCUACAGCUUUGACAAAGAUCCUUGGCUUUUACAAGGUGGGCUUCCAGAAUCCUGUCACCAACACUGCCCAGAAACUGGAUCUCCUAGUCCAGGAGAACCUGUUCUACAAACGUAGGAUAGCCCAGGUCUUUGAUCUGAAAGGAUCUGUGAGGAACCGACAUGUCAAGACUUCUGGGGUCCAGACGCAGGACUUGGUUCUUUUGGAUGAGAACUUACUCAAACACAUUGUAGAUUCGCCUCUAUACAUUCGAAUGCAUAGCAAGACAGCCUUAGCGAUGGCAAUCAAAGCGGAUACAGAAUUCCUUUCCUCCCAUCUGGUUAUGGAUUACUCCUUACUUGUAGGUCUUGAUGAAAACACAAAGGAACUGGUCAUUGGCAUCAUCGACUUUAUCAGGACUUUUACUUGGGAUAAAAAGUUGGAAACAUUUGUCAAAUCGACAUCAGGAAAGAUGCCUACGGUUGUUUCGCCCGAGAUCUACAGGAACCGUUUCUUGGAAGCCAUGGACAAGUACUUUCUUUUGGUUCCCGAUCGCUGGACAGGUCUUGGUCAAGAUGCUUACAGUAACAGCUGAUAUCAUUUCCCAUGAGCAUUCUGCAUACAGCUUUCAUACAUCACCUAAUGUGAUCUGGGUCAAGAUCUUUACAGGACCAGCUGAUAGAUCCGAGCAGAGUACGAAAUGUGACAUGAAGUAUUUCAUGAGUUUCAUGAGAGCAUUCUGUAGAUAGCUUUGAUAUAUCACCUAUGGACAGAUUCAUUUUAUAAUGGUUCUAGAUUUUAGAGUGGUGUGGGGUCAAGAUGCUUACAGUACAAGCUAAUAAAUCUAAGAAGAGUAUGAAAUGUGACGUGAAAUAUAAUUUCGUGUGAGCAUUCUGCGGACAGCUUUUGUUGUGUGAACAAUUAAAUCAUAGAUUUUUAUUAAGAGCUGAUAAAUCUGAGCAGAGUACGAAAUAUUACAUGAAGUAUCACUUUGUUUCAGCUCAGUAGAGAUGGCUUUUUGCACGAAUAAACCAGUUGUUUGAAUGACUGCUAGAGUGGUCUUGUACAAGAUGCUAUCACUAAUACCUGAAAAGAUUCACAAGUCUGUAUACUAGAGUGUUCAAAUAUGAUAAAAUGUAAUAUGGGCUGUUAUUUCAUGUGAGUUUUCUGCAUACUGCCUUUAUAAGCCAAGCAUGAACAGAUGAUAUUGUAAUGGUUCAAAAUUAUUUGACUGGUAUGGCUCAGAAUGUGCAUUAUUUGUAGUUACACUGGAAGCGAUAUAUGCUCUUAGGUGAUUAUGUGUAGUGAAAUAUAUUAUAUCACAAGCUUGAGUUUUAGUCACAAUCACUGUGAAAAAGCCUCAAUUUUCCAUCAACUAUCCUGUGAAAUUCUUGAGAAGUAAACACUUUUUGUAUUAAUAAUAAUUAUGAUGAUAAUAAUUCAAUAUUUAUAUGGCACCUUUAGAAAUUUCUCUAAUCUCUUUACAAUACAAAACCUAACUACUUGACUUAAUCAACUUAACUCAAUUUAUACUUAUCUAACUGAACUAAUUUGAAUAACUUGACAACCAAUGUAAUAACCUUAAAUAACUUAAAUAAAAACUUAACUACGGACAAAUUAACUGUGAAAAUCAGGAAGAGAUACAUCUGAAGUGCUACUUUAUAGGAACUGAGAAAGGAAUGAGAUGUUAAGGAGAAGUGAGUUCCAUGAUUAUAAAUGAUAAAUGUCACAAUGACAGUAACAAACUUGUGAUAUUAUCUUUCAAUAAUAUUACUAUAAUGUAUAUCUAUGAAGUGGUUGCUCUAGCACAAGGAUGUUAUAGUAUGCCAAAGGUUUUUAUGCAGCUCAAAUUUUCAAAAAUCAAAUCAUGCAGCUUUGUAAUGAGAUAUAUACUAUAGUUAGUAAGAUUUGCUUCAUUUAUUCGUGAUAUUUUUUCUCCUUUGGGGAUUAGUUUAGAUGACAAAGAUUUUUUUAUGUAUGGCAUAUAUUCUUUUAAAGAUCACCUUGCUGAACGAUAUAUGUUUUGAAAUCAACAAGUACCACUAUUUUGUUGACACAAUUUUUUUAGUUUGAUUUUCUGAAAUGGUUUCUGUUCCAUUAUUUUAUCUCAUUUUUAAAACUAUAUUUAUUGACCAAUGAGAAGGAAGAUCUAUGUGUUUAGCCCUAUGUUAGUGGUGCUAAUAAUGCAGUGUCAUUUUAUGCCCUUGAUCUUGGUUCAUCUUAUAAAAAAUGUACAUACUAUUUGUGAUAUUUUAUUUUCAAACUUCCACUUUGUCUAAACCCACUUCUAGAACUUUAUCACAACGUUUUCUCAACCCCGUUCUAUGAUUUUUCCUUCCCUCACACGCCCGGCUAAGGAAACGCUUGCUUUCGUCACACAAAAUUCAGUAAUCCCGGACUAGUGGUAGCCAUUCAUUAGCGCUUAUCUCUGAAUGGACAACAGCGCGGGUUCCAUUGCCCCUAGGGCAUACAUCAAGCACCUUCCUUGGCUUGGCUUGGUUUCUUGAGCAAUUGCUGGGCUCACUCUGCUAAUUUGCAGGGCCGAAUAAUCCUGAGUUAUAAGUGGGGUUAGCUCACUUUGUGAAAUGAUGUGAGAAAAGAAAGUGGGCUAUGCUUAGCCAUUAUAUAGGUGGGGCUUCUUGCCAUUUGCCCCCCCCCCCCUAUAUUACAUGGUUAAGGAAAAUUGUACCUGUGAGAAAAGCAUGGUCUAAUCGCUUAUCCCAGCUCAUCUACAAAAGUUCAUCUACUAACUGUUUGGUCUUAUUUCUAUUUUGCCCAUUUACUUUCGUCCGAGUGAAAGUCAGACCAAACGGUUAUAAGACCAAUUGAAAAGUGGACCAAGUGGGUUUAGCCAUGAUGAUGUUGGAUGAUCUGAGCAUUAGACCAUCUGCUAGUAGACCAACUGCUAGUAGACCAAGUGGGUUUAGCCAUGAUGGUGUUGGAUUGUCUGAGAAUAUAGACCAUCUGCUAGUAGACCAAGUGGGUUUAGCCAUGAUGGUGUUGGAUGAUCUGAGAAUUAGACCAUCUGCUAGUAGACCAAGUGGGUUAAGCCAUGAUGGUGUUGGAUUAUCUGAGAAUUAGACCAUCUGCUAGUAAACCAAGUGGGUUUAGCCAUGAUGGUGUUGGAUAAUCUGAGAAUAAGACCAUCUGCUAGUAGACCAAAUGGGUUUAGCCAUGAUGGUGUUGGAUGAUCUGAGAAUUAGACCAUCUGCUAGUAGACCAAGUGGGUUUAGCCAUGAUGGUGUUGGAUGAUCUGAGAAUUAGACCAUCUGCUAGUAGACCAAGUGGGUUAAGCCAUGAUGGUGUUGGAUAAUCUGAGAAUUAGACCAUCUGCUAGUGGACCAAGUGGGUUUAGCCAUGAUGGUGUUGGAUGAUCUGAGAAUAAGACCAUCUGCUAGUAGACCAAUUGGGUUUAGCCAUGAUGGCGUUGAAUAAUCUGAGAAUUAGACCAUCUGCUAGUGGACCAAGUGGGUUUAGCCUAGAUGGUGUUGGAUGAUCUAGGAAUUAGACCAUCUGCUAGUAGACCAAGUGGGUUUAGCCAUGAUGGUUUUGGAUGAUCUGAGAAUUAGACCAUCUGCUAGUAGACCAAGUGGGUUAAGCCAUGAUGGUGUUAGAUGAUCUGAGAAUUAGACCAUCUGCUAGUUGACCAAGUGGGUUUAGCCAUAAUGGUGUUGGAUUAUCUGAGAAUUAGACCAUCUGCUAGUAAACCAAGUGGGUUUAGCCAUGAUGGUGUUGGAGGAUCUGAGAAUUAGACCAUCUGCUAGUGGACCAAGUGGGUUUAGCCAUGAUGGUGUUGGAUGAUCUGGGAAUUGACCAUCUGCUAGUAAACCAAGUGGGUUAAGCCAUGAUGGUGUUGGAUUAUCUGAGAAUUAGACCAUCUGCUAGUAGACCAAGUGGGAUUACCCAUGAUUGUGUUAGAUGAUCUGAGAAUAAGACCAUCUGCUAGUGGACCAAGUGGGUUUAGCCAUGAUGGUGUUGGAUGAUCUGAGAAUAAGACCAUCUGCUAGUAGACCAAGUGGGAUUACCCAUGAUUGUGUUAGAUGAUCUGAGAAUUAGACCAUCUGCUAGUGGACCAAGUGGGUUUAGCCAUGAUGGUGUUGGAUGAUCUGGGAAUUGACCAUCUGCUAGUAGACCAAGUGUGUUCAGCCAUGAUGGUGUUGGAUGAUCUGAGAAUUAGACCAUCUGCUAGUAGACCAAGUGGGUUUAGCCAUGAUGGUGUUGGAUGAUCUGGGAAUUAGACCAUCCUCUAGUAGACCAAGUGGGUUUAGCCAUGAUGGUGUUGGAUUGUCUGAGAAUUAGACCAUCUGCUAGUAGACCAAGUGGGUUUAGCCAUGAUAGUGUUGAAUGAUCUGAGAAUUAGACUUCUAGCAGACCAAGUGGAUGCAAUUUAUUUAUAAUGGUGCACUAUUAGACCUAGUCCAUGCAGAACACUACUGUUACAAUUUCCCUGGUAGAGUGUUUGGCUGAGUAUAUAUGUUUUAUGUACCUCUAUCCUAUUUUUGUCAAAUAUUGCUUUGAAACUCAGGAAAGGGUAGAAAAUUUGUGUUUUUCAACAGUAUAUUUUUCAACUUUCACUGCAUGGUAAUAUGGCUUCUUCUAAACCAUCAGUGCAAUAAUUAUCAAAUUUUCAAAUUUGCUCAAUUUGCUUAUUACAUAACUUACAGAGUCAUUUGAUUUUUAAACCUGAAUUUUACCUUUUUAUUUUUUCAUUAGCAAUUUAGAAUAUACUCUUUAUUGAAUGCAUUUUAUAAUUAGAUAAACUUACGACCAGCAAGUUUUAAUUCCAAUUGAAAAUUGUAUGUAUUUACAUCGUGUGCAAUAUUGUAAAUUGUGGAACAAAGAAAAGAUACUGUAUUGAUUUCCGAAAUGAAUUAGAUGUAUUUUCCCCUGCAAAGUAACUUAUCAUCAGUUUGAAUUGUUUUGUUUUACUUUUUACACUUUUAGAGUUUAAGUAUGUAAUAAUUGAUAAAGAAUUCAACUUAUAAUGGCACCUUAAAUAAAAUGCAUAACCAUUUUCAAUUGUGCAGAUAUUGUUCAGGUGUCUAUAGCAAGACAAAGUCAACCUAUUUUUCAUGUAUUAUUGAUCAUUUUGAAUAUCUACAAUGUGAGGAUAUUGAAUUGAAAUAAUGUAAAAUUAUAGACAAUUUUUUUUUUAUUUGAGUUGAGGCACAUGCAGUUUCUUGUCAUUUUGGGAGGGGCUCCACAAACCUCCACUUCUAUCAUAGUUUAAGAAAAGAAAGCACUUCGGCAAAGUAUGUCAAACCUCUUUUAAUUGAACCAGAAAUAAAGAAUGAAACAUAUUGAUAUUGCAUAAUUGAAAUAAGAAAAGUGAAAAUUGAUAGAUUUGACUAAGCUGAGUCACAGGUCAGAAAAAAAAAGAAUUCUGUACCGUUUCAUCACAAUCGAACUUUGUACCAAACUGAUUCUUUACAAAUUUGGUUUUAUAUAUUUUCCUGAAAUGGCUUAUUUGUAUUUCUAUAUCUUUUGAUAAGUACGGGGAUCUGAACAUCUAUUUUACAAGAAAAAAAUAAUGCAUUUGAUAGUUUAUGGUUGAAGCAGAAAUUAGAUAAUAAUAUUACCAAAACCAAUAAACAUGUUCUUCUUGAAAAGGUUAAGAGAUUGAAUAGAUUCAUCCUAAUUUGAUUGAAGUGUCACAGAAAUACACAAAUAAAAUUAAUUGUAUAACAUGCAGUAUUGAAAAAAACAAAGAUUAAUAGUAUGGAUUCAUUGUUGCGAGGAUUGAAGAAAUAAAAGCUCUAUUUCCACUGUAUGUACAUUUCAAGCACGUCUGAAGAAAUAAUGCAAGAACUAUAUGAAAAAAUAGAAUAUGUUAGCAUUAUUUUUGUAAUAAAAAUCAAAGAAUGAAAAUCA